AUGUCCAGCUACGAUAAAUAUGUCACCCCCCUCAGCACCCGCUACGCCUCCCAAGAGAUGAUGACCAUCUUCUCUGCCCGGGAGCGCGCGUCAACCUGGCGCCAGCUCUGGGUUUGGCUUGCCGAGGCGGAGAGGGAGCUGGGCUUGCCGAUCCCCGAGGAUGCGAUCCAGGAGAUGAGGGAAAAUGUGAGGGUGAGCGAUGAGGCGUUUGACAAGGCGAGGGAGUAUGAGGCCAAGUUUAGGCAUGAUGUGAUGGCGCAUGUGCAUGCUUAUGGUGAGGUGAGUAACUCGAGAGGGGAAGGGGGGAGGGGAAAGGGGGAUGAUGUUAAUGGGGGGAGGUAUAGGAUGCGCCAAAGGCUGCUGGACAUAUCCAUUUGGGGGCUACGAGUUGUUAUGGUGAGUUUUGAUUUUUGCUCUUUCGGUUGGGGGUGGAUGUGGUUGGGGAGAUGGAAUAUGACCGACAAUGCCGAUCUCAUCUUCCAGAAGAAGGCUUUGGACCUCAUUCUUCCCAAGCUCGCCAAGGUUAUCCAGAACUUGCAGGUGUUUGCCCUCAAGUACAAGGACUUGCCUACCCUCGGUUUCACUCACUACCAGCCUGCCCAGCUCAUCACCGUUGGCAAGCGUGCUGCCCAGUGGAUCCAGGAGCUGAUGAUGGACCUCGAGGACAUCGAGACUGUCCGUGACAGACUUCAGUUCCGUGGCGCCCAGGGCACCACCGGUUCCCAGGCUACCUUCUUGGAGCUCUUCGAGGGCAACGCCGACAAGAUUGUCCAACUCAACGAGAUCCUCUGCAAGAAGGCUGGCUUCCCUUCUGCCUACCCCAUCUCCACCCAAACCUACACCCGCAAGGUCGAUCUCAGAGUCGCCAACGCUGUCUGCGCUCUUGGGGCUACUGCCCAGCGCAUCUGCUCCGACAUCAGACAUUUGGCCAACCUGAAGGAGAUGGAGGAGCCUUUUGAGAAGAGCCAGAUUGGCAGCUCCGCCAUGGCUUACAAGAGAAACCCCAUGAGAUCGGAGCGUAUCACUGCUCUUGGCCGCAAGCUGGCCCGUCUGCCUGCCGACUUUACUGCCACUUUUGAAACUCAGUGGUUUGAGAGAACUCUUGAUGACAGCGCCAUCCGCCGCAUGGAUAUCCCCGAGAUGUUCCUCCUUGCCGACUCUAUCCUCCUUGCCUUGGACAAUGUUACCAACGGCAUUGUCCUCUACCCAAGCGUCAUCCGCUCCCGCAUCGACCAGGAGCUCCCCUUCAUGGCCACCGAGUCCAUCCUCAUGAAGCUCGCCACCCACGGUGUUUCCAGACAGGAGGCCCACGAGGAGGUCCGUGUCCUCUCCCACCAGGCUUCCGAUGUCGUCAAGCAGCAGGGCGGCCGCAACGACCUUCUCGAGCGCAUCAAGAAGACCGAGUUCUUCCGUCCCGUCUGGGGCGAUAUCGACAGCCUUGUCGACCCCAAGCUGUUUAUCGGCAACUGCCCCAAGAUUGUCGAGGAUUACUGCAACGGCGAGGUCGCCGCCAAGUUGGCUAACUACAAGGAGUCGCUGGAUAAGGCUUCUACUGCUCAGCUUUCUAUUUAG